UUGGUCACAUUUUCCUUAUCUAUUAAAAAAGACAAAGUCCUUUGUCUGAAGCAGAGCUAGCUAUUGCCUUAGGCAAAUUGUUUAUCUGUGCUGCCUUUCCAGCCGUAAAGCGUGGACACAUGCACUGCCCGGCCUAACAGAGUGUAAAGUUUGCAAAACCCUUUGAAGGCAGACAGUACAAUUUAAGUAUUAUGCAUGACUAAAUAAAAUGCCUGUUUAGGAAGGGAACUCUCCAUUAGCACUGUCUGCGCCUUAACUAGUAGUCAACACCUGAUAGAGCUGGUUGUCAACAAUUUUAUGACAUAAGGGACCCAGGCAUGGAUCACUUAAAAUGGAAAAUAAAAGAACAAAGAAACGAGCCCAGCAGCAACAAAUGGCAUGCACCGUUAAGGCAUUGGCUUGGUUCAGAGAGAGGUUCCUGAGCUAAAGGAGGCCUCAUUUACUGGAAUGGAAAAAUAGAGGGCCAGGAAAUUGCUCAGAGGGCCCCUCUCUUUUCCUGUGCACAUGGAGAUGCACUAUGUGUUGGCUACUGUUUUGGACCAGAAUCUCUGUUUUAGAAAUAGCAUGAGUUGUGUCCUUGGGAAGGGAGAGGGUUGUGUGGUAUGUUUGUGUGUGGUGGGGUGUGGGGUGCGGGGAUGUUGGCAGGAGCCACGUAGGUGCUCUCUGAAACCAAACUGCUUCCUCGGGCCUCCCAGACGCUUACCAGGACCGAGCCAGGAGAUCGGGCAGCUGCUCUGGGCUUAGGGAGUGCCCGGGUCUCCAGUCACAACCCUGAAGUGUGUCGGCUGACAACAUGGGCCAGCUCUGCACAAUCACGCGGGUGGCUGCUCAAGCCCGCCUAUUUCGUAGCUGCACAGGCUGAGCCUUAGUCUUUCAUCCAAUGAACAUUUGUCGAGCAACAACCUCCUGGCAGACACUGUUUUAGGCACUGGGGAUGAGUCAGGGAACAGAAGACAAACACCCUGUGCUCAUGGGGCUGGCCUUCCGGUAGAGGGAGAUGGACAGUGAAUACCAUAAAUCAGCUAUAUAUUAUGUAAGAAGGUGUGAGGACACACAAAGCAGGGAAGGAGAGAGAAUGGGGGCACUGGGGCAGCGUUAGGGUGGCCACACUUAAAAGGGGUCAGUGAACGAAAACUUGAAGGCAGCAAAAGAGAGGCCAUGUUGGUGUCUGAGGAAGAGCUACCCAGGUGGGAAGAGCAGCAUGUGCAAAGGCCCUGAGGUGGGAGACGGCCUGGGCAAGCAGAAGCCAGGGGGGCUGGAGUGGAGGAAGCAAGGGAGAGCAUGUGGGUGUGAGAGCAGAGGGUAACUAAUCGUGGGGAGCCUGUGGGCCCUAGGGUGUGCUUGGCUUUUACUCUGGAAUAGAAGAUGGCUAGAGAGUUUUAGGCCACAGAAUUUGCUGGUCCUUCCACUGGGGUCUCAGGUGGUCUGUCCGGAGCACGUUGGUGAGCUGGGAAGGAAUGGUCAUGAGGGGGCUCCCUCUCACUCAAGAGCAGUGAGGAAGAAGAGGCAGGAGUCUCGAUGGUACCCACCUCGCCUUCUUCCUGUGAACUGAUGGCCCGCGGUGUGCCAGGCAGUGUGCGAGGACACGCAGUGGCGGUGAACCGAGGGGCUCGCGGCCCUCCUGCAGCAGACAGUCUGCGGAGUCAGACCUUCAGUGAAUAAUCGCACACAGAAUGUAAAAUGACCACUCUGAUGUGCGCUGAGCGCCGAAACUGGUGUGUCUGCCCUGGGCAGGCGGUCAGGAGGAAAGGACGCUUGAGCUGGGAGCUGAAUAAAUAUGUGUCAACCAGACAGGGGAGUUGGAGGGCGACAGUGAUCCUGGCAAUGGGAAGGGCGUGUUCCGAGGCGAUGUUCAGAGGUUCUGAAGGAGAGGCCAUGGUGUGGAUGAGGAAGUGAGAGGAGGCCAACAUAAGUAAAACGCAGACCGCUGGGGGAGCACGGGCGAGAGGCAGCCGGAGGAAGGACAGGGGUCGGACUAUGUGGGGCUUUCAGGCCAUGCUCAGAUUUUGAACUUCAUCCUGAAGUUAGCGGGAGGCUACUGGAGGCCUUCACGUGGGCGAAUGACAUGGUCGUACGUGCUUGUUGAGAAGCCCACUACGGCUGCUUCAUGGAGAAGGGACCACAGGAGCGGAGAAGGAGUGAUGCGGACGAGCGCCUAGGGAACAAAUGCGGCAGCUCAGGAGAAUCGCCAAGGAUGCAGAAGGAAAUGAAGAGGAUCAAAGAUGAGGAUGUGCAUUUCGGUUUGGGCGUGAAGAGGGCCGCCUCCUUCCCCCACUGCCUGCAGCCCGUGGUUUCCCGGGAGAAAGCUCCCCCAAGACACCUCUUCCCGGAAGCUCUCCGGGGGCCCUUCCCCCAGUUUCGGUAUGAACCUCCUCCGGGAGACCUAGACGGGUUUCCGGGGGUCUUUGAAGGAGGAGGGUCUCGGAAACGGAAGAGCAUGCCCACCAAGAUGCCCUCCAACCAGCCGGCGGACGCCUUGGCCCCGGCGCUGCCCCCCGAGGAGAGCAAGGCCCGCGGCGCCCAGGGCCUCCCGCUGCUGUUCGCGCAGCCCCCGCGGCCCGCGCGGGACUCGCAGAUGAUCGACCUGUGCAACGUGGGCUUCCAGCUCUACCGCGCUCUGGAGCCCCUGGGGGGCCGGCCCGUGAAGCAGGAGCCCUUGAAGCCGAGCGCCGUGUGGCCCCAGCCCGCCGCGCCCCCGUUCCUGCCCGCGCCCUACCCCUGCUACCCCAAGGUGCCCCCGGGGCUGCUGCUGCCCUUCUUCCUGCCCUCCGCUGCCCCCUUCCCCUUCGGCCGGCACGCCUUCCUGCCCAAGCCGCCCCCCGCGCCGCUGCUGCCCCGCAAGGCCGAGCCCCCGGGGCCCGAGGAGGCCCGGCAGAAGGUGGAGAGGGUGGACGUGAACGUGCAGGUGGACGACAGCUACUACGUGGCCGUGGGCGGGGCGCAGAAGCGCUGGCAGUGCCCCACCUGCGACAAGUCCUACACGUCCAAGUACAACCUGGUGACGCACAUCCUGGGCCACAGCGGCAUCAAGCCGCACGCGUGCACGCGCUGCGGGAAGCUCUUCAAGCAGCUCAGCCACCUGCACACGCACAUGCUCACGCACCAGGGCACGCGGCCCCACAAGUGCCAGGUGUGCCACAAGGCCUUCACGCAGACCAGCCACCUGAAGCGCCACAUGAUGCAGCACAGCGAGGUGAAGCCGCACAACUGCCGCGUGUGCGGCCGCGGCUUCGCCUACCCCAGCGAGCUCAAGGCCCACGAGGCCAAGCACGCCAGCGGGCGGGACAACAUCUGCGUGGAGUGCGGCCUCGACUUCCCCACGCUGGCCCAGCUCAAGCGGCACCUCACCACGCACCGCGGGCCCGUGCAGUACAGCUGCUCCGAGUGCGACAAGACCUUCCAGUACCCGAGCCAGCUGCAGAACCACAUGAUGAAGCACAAGGACAUCCGGCCCUACAUCUGCUCCGAGUGCGGCAUGGAGUUCGUGCAGCCGCACCACCUCAAGCAGCACUCGCUCACGCACAAGGGCGUGAAGGAGCACAAAUGCGGGAUCUGCGGGCGGGAGUUCACCCUGCUGGCCAACAUGAAGAGACACGUGCUGAUCCACACCAACAUCCGGGCCUACCAGUGUCACCUGUGUUACAAGAGUUUUGUGCAGAAGCAGACCCUCAAGGCACACAUGAUAGUCCACUCUGACGUGAAGCCUUUCAAAUGCAAGCUGUGUGGGAAGGAAUUCAACCGCAUGCACAACCUGAUGGGCCACAUGCACCUGCACUCCGACAGCAAACCCUUCAAGUGCCUUUACUGCCCGAGCAAGUUCACCCUGAAGGGGAACCUGACGCGCCACAUGAAGGUCAAGCACGGGGUCAUGGAGCGGGGCCUCCAUUCUCAAGGUUUCAGCAGGGGCCGGAUGGCGCUCGCGCAGACGGCGGGGAUGCUGAGGGCUCUGGAGCAGGAGGAGCCCUUCGACCUGUCCCAGAAGCGCGGGGCCAAGGCGCCGGCGUUCCAGUCGGACGGGGAGAGCGCCAGAGGCAGCUCCUGCCACGAGGAGGAGGACGAGGACCCCUGCUUCGAGGGGGAGCGGGGCAGCCCGGGCCUGGCCCCCCGCAGCCGGCGGCGCUGCGCAUCCCAGGAGCCCUCCCAGGCCGAGCCAGACCCCGGGGCGCGGGAGGAGGCCCUCGGGGAGCAGGAGGCCAAGCCCAUGGGGACUCCUCCGGGGAUGGGCAGGGGCAGCCUCAUGGCGGAGGGUCCUAGCCGCGGGGCUCUGUUCAGCUCCCGGCGGGGCUCCUCCUUCUCUGAUUACUUGGACUUCAAGCACAGAGAUGAGAGUCUAAAAGAAUUACUGGAGAGGAAAAUGGAAAAACCAGCCGUGCUUUUAGGCAUCUAAGGACAGUUUUAAAACUCCAUUUGGAAAAUGAGAACCAGGCUGUGCAAAUGUAGCCUUCUGCCUGAGCUGCCAUUUGCUGGAGCCCUGUGAAGGGCACUGAUCUUCCCAAAUGGCUCCAACUAACCGAGCAGGGACUGUCUUCAGAGAUGCAGAUGCCUCUCAGGUCCUUCCUUGGGCCCUGGAUGUUUACCCCACACGUGCAGGGGUGUCUUUAGCACUGUUCUGAGGAUUUCCAGCGUAAUACACUGUAUAUAACCUUCUAGAUCUGGAAUUGCAAGCUGAUGCAGAGGGUGCUGAGAAAGCCUGUUUUCCUUUGACUCAUAUGCCAUACAUGGUCAAUUCCUUUCUCAUGGCAAAAACAUGGUGCUUGACAUGUUACCUUAUUAAUGACUAUUUAGUUGAAUGUGCGAAAGUUAUAAUAUUUUUCCAGAUAGAUGAAAAUAUUAGUAGUUGUAUGGAUAACAAUUGCCUUUAUUAAAUGGUCAAAAAUACCAGAAAUGACACAGGAGGGGGAGUUAUUGAGAAGGAUGCUCUCAUGUAGUUGCUAGAGAUACAGGAUGAAAUUGCGGGAGACUAUGAAUGAUUUUGACUAAGGAAACUCCAGCAACAUUUAGGUUCCCACCUGAGGCUGCCUUGUCCUGCUCCGGCCGCUUGGCCACCUUCAUCAGCUGCGGCACAGGGAGGGGAUUUUCAGACGGCCGCCCGAUGGUGCUGCGGCUGCAGGCCAGCAACCUCCCUCCUGGACACCUUGCCCUGAGGCCCCCCGGCCCCCGGGGAAGCAGCUGCAGGAAGCGUGUCCCCAAGAGUGGGGGUGGGGAAGGAGCGCUCCCUGAAAUCUAAGCUGGGACUUCCUUUGGGUAUGGGAGUAACCACCAGCCAGUCACUAGGAGGGGGACGGGGCCCUGUUCUCAACGCUGCCUGCACGUUAGAAUCAUCUCGGGGAACCUUUUACAAAUAGCAGUGCCGGGCCUCAGCCCUGAGACGCCAAUUUCAUUGGUCUGCAGGGGAGCCCCAGCGCUGGCAUUUUCCAGAGUGCCCCCGAUGAUUCUUACACGCAACCAGGGUGCGAACAACAGACUGAGCUAAGACAGAGGCUCCAGGACCCCUCCCGGAGACUCCGUCCAUAUUUCUGUUUCUGGCUUCAGACUCAUUAAGACAAAGAGCAGGAGACCUCAAAGCAUGCUGCUGACCUGGGCCCUCGGACCUGUCCUGUGAAGCCUCACGAGACGACACACACACGCGUGCACACACACACACAUUGUGUAGACACACAUCUGCUGGACUAGAAGAUGAUGCCUGUGGUGUGGAUGGUCCCUGAAUGUGUAACAAUACACCGCCUGCCUGCAGUUCCUAGCGAUGUCUUCCUGGGUGCUUGCGGCCGGAUUCCAGGGUGAGGAUGACCGACGUGGGUGGGGGAGCCCAGCGGGCCGGCUUCCUAGUAAAGCGGUGUUGACAGAGUGACCACACUCAGUCACCUCUGGUUCUGUGCUUGUGUUUACGUAAAACCUGCCCUUCGGUUGGUGGUUUCAAUUCUUGCCUCUUCAUUGUCUGCCUUCCUCUCCUCCCGGAGUGCCCGAUGGGUUUCUUUGGAAGACCUGGCCUGUCCCUGACUGUUGGACGCUGGCUUUCUCUCUGGGCCAACGCGCUUCCUCCCUCAGCUCACUGCACUGUCCUCGUGCCCCCGUGCGCUUGGUCGGUCCUGACACACGUCUCCUGCCACCUGGCCUGAAGUGCCCUCUUUCAGCCUCAGCACCACCACAAAGCACAAGGCUGCGUGCGUUUCCUGCAGCCACGCCGUCCUGAGGUCAGGGCAAGCAGAGCAGAUGCGGAAGGCAAUACUGCGGGUUCCUGCAGUUACAAGCACAACUCUGAGCCAAGACCCUGCUCCAAGUCCUCAGAAGGACAACUUGCCUGCCUUCCCCUCACUCUUCUUAAUUCAUUCUUAAUAAAGCUCCUCAGUGCCUCUGAUGAAACGGCCCAGGCAGCUGGCAGAGUGGCCUGCGAGGCCGCCAGCUCGUGGGGUCCCGUUACAUAGUCAUUCCUGCAGGAGCCAUGUGUUCGGGACCCACUACAAGGCUGCAGGCUUCCAGUUUGUUCUGGGUGUGCCUCGCUGGAAUAGCAACCAGGACAUCUAGAAUAGCAGGCCCUAGUCUUUUCCAGCCCAGACAAAUCACGUGACGCUGUUUGAGGAACAAGUUAACGUUGAGAUGGAGAGAGUAUGGUCUAGAAAGGUGGUUUUCCAAUUGUGUGUUGAGAGGCCAGAGGGCCCUUGUAGGCCCCUCCAGCGCAGCCGGGGAAGGAGAGACCCCCAGCCCUCAUGUCCACUCUACUCCAAGCAGCCCACACUUCGUCUGUGUUGUAUGUUAGCCUUCCACGUAAGAUUUCACUUGGAGGGAGGAUAAAAGGUCGAGGAAAAGUGAUAAAAAGCUGUUACGGAGCGGUUCGAAACUCUGUUUUUACUUCUUGACUCUGGAUAUGAGAGACUUAAUUAGAUCUAACCUGAUGGUUGACAUACACCGACCUUCUGAGGGCCGAGGCUAACACCUUGGUUUCGUAUGUGACCAACAUCCUGGUUUGCCUGGGACAACUGUGGCUUAUACUUGUUGUCCCAGGGUAAUUAUCAAUAGUGUCACUUUAACUCUCAAAAGUGUCCCAGUUUGGGUGAUAAGUUGUAUGGCACGCUCUGCGUGCGUGCAGAGCUAAGGGGAGGGUUGGCCAACCUUGCCUGUGAGCUAACGAGCAGGAUGCAAGGCUGGAGGAGGCCCAUGGGGCCAUCCUCGGAGAGCGAGGGAUGAAGCCAUCCAAGGCUGCCCACACUCCAAGGGCCAGGACAGCAUGACGUUCAUCGCAGUGUGACACUCUGAAAAUAGGCCACUGCCAAAGGCUUUCCAGGCCUUGGAGCACUGUCACUUUGAACCAGCCAACUGACCGGCCAGGUGGCAUAUUUUUCUUUUAUCCUUUUUAUUCAGGCCUAUGGUUAUCCCUGCUUGUUGCCUUUCAACUCAUUCUCUCUUUUUAAAAGUUUGACCCCCCCACCCCCCACCCCCGGGCCAGGAGACUGAGGCUGGCCUUUCAGGACUCAGCAAAGGUAGUGGUGCGUUUGCAUAUGCAGGGUUGCAUGAGGAAGCCCAAUGUGCAUACUGUAUUUAUUAAGCCCUGAGAGCAUUUAAUAAAAUAUUAACAUCAUUGGAAUUAGGAUCUUGGUCUGCUUUGCUGGAACAAAAUGUAACAGAGCUAACAUUUAAAAUCCUCGCAUAUUUGGACAACGUGACACCAAAUGUUGAUCUUGUACAGAAUUCUGGCUUGCUAUUUAAAAACUAAAACUCCAAGUGUGUAGCAACCCAAGUUGUGAAUAUUGCUUUCUGCUUCUAUGAAAAACCUGUUUACCUGAAAAGAGCAUGUAACCUAUAUUUUGUUAAUUUAAGCAAAUAAAGACACGUUGAAAAA